GGCGGCAUCACCCCGGCGCUGCGUCUCCCUCCUCUCCUCUGUCAGUCGGGUCGUCGUCACCUCGCGUGGCGCUGCUGCGAGCGACGGGUGCGGGUGGGAACGCGCCACACGUCGCCCUUCCUCUGAACGUCGCUGUCUCGCCCGCCCGCCCGCCCGCUCCAGCGGCCGCGUCUGGCUCCGCCUCCGUGCCCGUGCCUUUCCCAAUCUCUCUGCAGAGCAUUUCCUCCUCCUCCACGAGAUAGCAGCGGCGCCCGUGCCCGUGCCCUCCGCGCGGAGGUCCACCGCUCGUCGCUCGUCCAGCCGGUUGCCUCAUCCGCCUCCGCGGGUUUCAUGAAGAGCGAGAAGUAGUGCCCAGUGGGAUAAGAAUGGUCACAGGAGCUAUCACUGCUCUAAGAUGAGACUGCGGCUGCGUCUGCUGGUUCUGUGCUUGAUGAUAAUCCUAUUUGUGGUCUACAACAUGGCAAGCUACCAACGCAGACAGACAGUGUUGGAUGAAGACGCUCCCCCGUUUGAUACGAUGAUGGGGUCUGACAGGGCUGCUGUUAAGGCAUCUGGGACUGGGAGAGCUACUGCCAAGGUGUCACACGGAGCUGCUUCUACUGCUAGGGUCGGGUUUUUGCCUCAUGGUAUAGUGGAGCCUUACUCCGACAUGGAGCUCAAGCCAUUAUGGCUCACAAGAAGCGUGCAAUCACCGCAGGAGUCUAACCAGAAAGACAGGUGCUUGAUUGCUAUCCCUGCUGGUAUCAAUCAGAAGAAAAGUGUAGAUGCUCUUAUGAAGAAGUUUCUUGCAGAGAACUUUACAGCUAUAUUGUUCCACUACGAUGGGAAGGUCAAUGAGUGGAAUGAUCUACCAUGGAGCAAAAGUGUGAUACACAUCGCUGCUUCUAAUCAGACAAAAUGGUGGUUUGCUAAAAGGUUCCUCCAUCCUGCCGUCGUCUCGAUGUACAAGUAUAUAUUUCUUUGGGACGAAGAUCUUGAAGUAGAUAAUUUUAACCCAAGAAGGUACUUGAAUAUAGUGAAAUCAGAAAGGCUGGAGAUAUCCCAACCUGGUCUUGACCCUAAGUUAUCUGAAAUUCAUCAUCCGAUAACUGUUCGUAAGAAAACAGGGAGUUUCCACAGAAGAGUCAGUCGGGCUAAUAAAGAUUGUUCAAGAGAAGGGCCACCUUGUUCUGGAUGGGUCGAGGGCAUGGCACCGGUUUUCUCGAAAUCUGCUUGGCAAUGUGCUUGGCAUCUCAUCCAGAAUGAUCUUGUCCAUGGAUGGGGUAUUGAUUACAAGUUUGGAUACUGCGCCCAGGGUGACAGGACAAAGAACAUUGGAGUAGUUGAUAGCGAAUUUGUAGUCCAUCGAGGAGUACAGACCUUAGGAGGUUCUGCAAUGACAAAGCGUACCCGCGGCAAGAGCUCACAUGCACUCCGUCAGAGAACUGCUCAAGUGCAGCAACAAACGAGAGGGAAGGCAGCAAGCCUUGACAUGAGGACAAAGGUCAGGAGAAAAUCACGGGUGGAGCUUCGUGAUUUCCAGAAGCGCUGGGAGCGCGCCGCGAGGGAAGAUAGAACAUGGAUUGAUCCAUUCACUCGCUCACGGAGAAAGAGGAGGAACAGACCAGCAGUAGAUUAGCACUUUUCAGCUCACAUUUUCUUCCUUUUUCAUGUGCUCCGGUCGAUUUUGAGACGCCGAAUACUCGGCUGUCCAGUUCUGUGCAAAAUCUUGUGAACCCCGUGUGCUUACAGGUGAUGUUUUCCAUGCCUAUAUGAGAAGAUAUGGCAGAUUCGAAUGGAAAGUGUCUCAUGUGUCUCUC